AUGGAGAUCAUCCAAAAGACCGAAUCCUUCAAAAGGAUUGACGGAAAGAUAAAAUUCUCCUAUGUCCAGAUCUUUAUUAGACAAGAUGGGAUAUUAUAUUCCGGAAAAUGGACAAAUAGAUUUAAUCCGCCAACGACAGGCCCUCGAGUGAUUGCUACUUGGACGAUCUACAUACAAGCACCAGAUCUCACAAUUUAUGUGAAAACUCCAAGUCUUCUCGCAUAUACCGACGAAGAUCUUGAAUCACAAAUCACUCGCGAGAUCGAAGCGUGUGAAAUUCUUCGCAGAAAUCCUCAUUCAAACAUCGCAACUCAUUACGGCUACCAGGAAACCGACUACCGAGUUUCUGGGCUAUGCUUCAAAAAAUAUACAACAACGCUACUUGAAGCGGUUAAUCCACAACGCUUAUGGCAAGGUUGGCUUCUGCUCAAGUGGGCGCGAACUUCGAACUUGUAA